GACGAUAAAUUACAGUUUACGUAUCAAUAGACGCAAAUACACACACACACAGGAUGAAUCGCGCGUUCGUUUCAGUUGUGAUAUUUUUAUCAUUACACUUGUCACGAGCUACACCUCUUGGUCAUGUAACAUCAAAGGAUAAUGGAAAAAUAUUUUUUAAAAGAACAUUAGUUAAUUACCAGGAUGAAAUUACGUCAUUAAAAAACAAUAUUGCCGCUUUAGAAGAGAGAGUUACUAAAUUAGAGACGGGAAAAGCUUCUCAUGUUAUGUUAUCGAAUCAAGUUGAAAAUAUUGGCAGUGGAAUCGACGAGAAUCAUAAAAUAAGUAAAAGGGCAAUUUAUCGCCGAAGAAAAAUUUUCAGACGAGAAGUUGCAUUUCAUGCGACACUUACGAAACCCUCUGCUACGGUUAAAAUGUUAGAAAAUAUAGUCUUCAGCAAUGUCAUAACAAACAUCGGCCACGCAUACAACCAUCAUACUGGGGUAUUCACUGCACCUAUACAUGGAACUUAUACGUUUAACACAAACAUUGUUGCAGAAAGAGGACAUUAUAUUGAAGCAAGUAUUGUCCGUAAUGGUGAAGUGGCUGUUUCAGCAAUCAGUGAUCAUAGAUUUUCACAAGAUGGAAAGCAUUUUACCACGUGGGAUCAAGGAAACGCAGUCGCGAUUUUAAGAUUAAAUAAAGGGGACAAAGUGGCCGUGGCAUUACAAUGGCCUGAGGGAAGCCAUGCUAUACACGGUAGAGGAAAAUCAAGUUUCUCUGGAUAUCUACUGAGAUAGGACAAACUGUAAUUUGAAGUUUAUCAUGACUAUAGAUAUGCCCGAUUUAUACACGGACGUUAUCGGUUAGACAGCAAAAAGGUUAAAGAACACCAUGUGGGACAAUUAGACACUAUAACAAUCGGUGGUACGGAGAGAACGUCUAAUUAUUUAUAGAUAUUGAUCCAGAUAUCAAAAAAUGAAACGGGGAUAAAAAGAAAGCGAUCUUAUAGACAACUGUUCGGGAUAGAUGGUUGUUAAGAUACGUACCAAGCUUACAAAAUAUACAAACAAAAAAUGACUAAAAAGUUUAAAUGAAUAAAGAUAAUAUAGAGAAUAGAAUCCAGUAUGUUAAAAUCAGUACAAGCAAAAUUUAGUGAAUAUUACAUUAGAUGUUCUAAAUGUGAAAAGAUGCAUUCGACUGACAUUUGAUUUAUUCAGCAAUAGAACGUAUUUAUCAUUUUAGCAAUUUAUGUUUAUUGUGAUAUUCAUUUUAUAGUUUAAUAGUCAUUUUAUUUUAAAGAUCUCGAAUGUUUUCUAUAUGGUAUUUAUAUACAUUUAUUUAUCACUAUUAUAAACCUGUGCAAUAAUAUAUUAUUGUUGAUAUUGCAUGCAUCGUUUAAUACAGUAGUGUACAUUGUAUAAUGUUAUAGUGUUUUUGGCAUACCUAUAUAGUACUUUAAUGCGUUACGUGCCAAACUAUUUUAGUGCAGUUGAUAUACUAGUAAUUGCUUUGAUUUAUACAUAAUUUAAUGAGUUAUAUUUGAAUAAGCUUUUAUUUAAUGACAGGAUUCUGAAUUUUAUUUUAUUUGUUAGUUUAACAUAUUCUGUAUAAUAAAUGACUCAUUUAGAUUAACGUAUAUGUUUGUGUUAUAUUCUAAAUCAUGUCAGAACAUAAUAGUUUGUAUAACGAUCUGCCGGAAUAACUUGUGAGUUCAUGAUCAUUGUGUUGCGUUAGUAAUCAAUAUAAUUUCUAGUUUUUAAAACGUGCAUUGAGAUUUUUUUGUUUCUGUAAACAAUGUUUGUUGAGUGUAGAUGUUUUACUAAAUUUAUUGAACGAAUUGAA